UGAUUUCAAAAAUAUAGAGCAAGUGAAUUAUGCGACAAGAUAAUGAUAAGAUAACACACCCAUUUCAUACAGAUAACAAAGUGACUAGGUACGAGUAUUUUUUAACAUGAAGUGAUUGUUUUUGUGGAGAAAGUCAUGGAGGAGCAAAUUCGGACCCCUAAUCGCGUGGAGCGAGGAGAGAGCAGGGUGGAAGAUCUUCAUUUGGACAGGGUUGUGGCUUCACAGCCAGAGAUUGGCCCUACACCACCAGACGGCGGCUACGGAUGGCUGAUUGUUGUGUCAGCAGUGAUAUACCACAUCACGGUACCCGCGUUGUCGUCGAUGUAUGGACUGAUAGUGUUGAAAGCAAUUCGCGAGGAAGAUCAUGAGUCCGAUGAGUUGAUGCAGAUAUGGGACGUGGAUAUAACGUUGGUGCCUGUAAUAGCCGUGGUGAUAAGGCUCUUGCUAGAAUCAUGGUGCAGGGCGGUAGUGAAACUGUGCCACAUGCCGCGGUUCAUGGCCCUGUCAGGACUGUGCCUGACAGUGUCCGGAGUCUUGCUGUCCAGCUACGCAACAGAGGCUAACAGUAACGACCACAUCAUAAACAUAUUUGCGGGGAUAUUUAUAGGUCUAGGAUGCGCUCUAACAGGCCAGCAAACCGAAGUGAUCAUAACGCACUACUUCAGAGAGAAGCUGACGAUGGCCCAAAGAAUCGUGCGCAUGGCACCCUCAGUUGGGAACUGCCUCGUGCCCAUCAUUGUAGGCUACCUCUGCACCCAGUACACGGGAGACGUGGUCGUCAUGAUCUACGGAGCUAUAGUCAUGCAGAACUGCAUCUUCUUAGCGUCGUACACUCGACCCAUUUACAUAGAAAAGGUGAUAAGACACACCUACAAUAUGCUCAGAGACGCUAUGGAAGAUGAGGAUGAAGUUAUAUACUCUAACGUGGCUCGACGCGCUGAACGCCAGUCACAGAAUAACCUGCAAGAGGAACCGUUGCCAAGCACAGCACAAGACGAAGACGCCAAUGACGUAGUCGUCUUUAACUCCAAGAAGAAUGCCAAAGAGAUCAUGGACCCCUCCAUCCAGUAUAGAGAGAACAGAUCAGUAUCCGCCGAAAACAGGUUUUCUUCAGACUUCAGCUCGUAUGACGUUCCAAAUCGGUUUUCGUCAGACUUUGGUAGUCUGGACAUUAAUAGUUAUGCGCGCGUGAAUGGGUACCAGGAGUUGGAGAACAUUGACAGGCAGAACCCUCAGCCUUUGUACAGGGAGACGACAGUUAAUGCUCCAGCGAAUAGCGUGGUGUUUGCAGCUGAAGUUUCUCCUGGCACAGCUAGGAGAACAGCUUCUAUGAAGAAGAACUUCAUCACGAUCACGAACAUGUUACGAGAUAUCAACUUCUAUUUGUACGCUUUACUGCAUCUUUGUACGACGUUUUCGAUUCUAGUGCUGGGCGUGGCGUUCCCAGCUUUGAUCUGGGAACAGAAUCCGUCUAUGAAUAUUUGGUCGGUGGCAACGCUCAUAGCAGUGGCUCACGGCUCAGCAUUAUGCUUCAUAAUGCUAUGUGUCGUGCUGCCUAAGUCUAUCAACGAGAAGGCGCGUCUGUGCGCUGCGUUCUGCGUCGCGGGAGCUAUGGGCUUCUAUGGUAUCACCCUCUUCAGCAACAAGAGCCUACUAGUCGUUUGGUGCAUGCUAGCCAGCUUCGCGACAGCAGCAUCAAGCAUACUCCAACAGCCACUAUACAAUAGCACCCUCAACGAGUUUGACACAACGGCCACGAUGACAGCGUCAAAUACCGUCGUCGCCAUCUUUAUUAUGGCGUGGUCUUUGGCAUUUAAUUAUGAAUACAGGACUUGUUUCUUGACUGCUAGUGUGCUUCAGACUGUGACUGCUUGUAUGUUCUUUGCCUUGUCUUUUAGGAGGAGGCGGUAAUUAACCAACAUAUAAACCUGUCUUUCUUCGCCUGUCUAUACAUUAAUAAGUCUGUUAUGCUAAUUGGUAAAGUUAUCGGCACGGAUAUUGAGCCCUGACCUUCACUUGCGCAGAAGCGAUUUAUUGGUUUAUUGCCUUAUGUGUAAAGUGCGCAAAGCGAUCCCCACUCUUCCGCCGAGAGCCCAAUAUCCGUGCCGGUAACCGUAGUAUACCUAUCAGUUGUCUAAGUUGGUUUCCUGGCCUGUCUAUACAUUUAUAAGUCUGUUGUGCUAAUUGGUAUACCUUUCAGUAAAUUAUGAAUUUAUAUAGUGUUAUGUUUAUGUUUAAGUAGUUAGUCGUGUUCUGGGGUAAAUUAUACAAAACAAGCAAUGGAUUUCGCGCUGCCUAAAUCAAAAUUACUUAUCUAUCUAUUUAUCGAACAAAUUCAUAGUGCGUAAGGCAGAUAGUUAACUGUACCUAUGUUAGAUAAUUAAUUUAAUUUCUAUAAAAUUUCAGGAUUUUAUUCGACACUGUAACUUGACUUUCUAGACUACCUUGUGCAAUUUUUGCGAGACUUCAAACAAGUUGCUCGGGCUAAUUAAAAUAUAAUAGCAAUGUAGGUUAAAAUUAUAUGGUUGUGCUUUUUUUUCUUUUAACAAUAGUAACUCUAAGUGUACAAGUUAAUUUAAAUUUAUUUGGUAUUUUAUUUUAUACAUACAAUUUUAUGUUUUAAGUUUUCUAUAAUUAUACAAAUACAAAUUAUUUACAUUAAGAUAGAUUACCUAAGAUGUAUGUAAGUGACCAAUUUAAUUUUAUGUAAAUAAUUUCUCGCCGUAAAUAACAUAAAAAGUCGUAAUUAAAACAAUAAAAAUUAA